AUGCCGCAUACAAAACGUGCUUGCUACGACCGCACCAGACUCUACUGGCUCGUCUAUAUAUGCGACCACCACUGCUCCCUCAUCCACGGUCGACCACCCCUAACGCGAGAUUUCAAGUCACUGCGCCGACCCCGCGAUUUCCUACAGAGUUAUUUCACAUCCCCAUCUGACCUGAACAUGAUCAGUCAGGUGGAAUUAUGGUCCAUAAGCAGCCGUGUCUUCGACAUGUUCGGCGCAGACAUCGAAUGCCACGUCAUUUCCCAACGACCAGAUGAAUUGUCUCGGUUGAAUAUAAGCUAUGACGGAUGGCGCGAGGAGUGGCUCAGUAUGCUCUCUUUCCCGAAGCCAGCAGGAUUCUCACGUCGUGCCUUCGACCUCUAUUUCCAUUCUGCAAAGUUAUAUCUAUUCUCGCAUGUUUUCCGGGGAUCAUCGUCGCAAUUGGUGUCUCCGUCGCAUGGAAUCAAACAAACUACCGGACCUGCUACGAAUGUGAACACAUUCGUCAACAGCGCAAUGAAAAGUGCGCUUGCCAUCAUUUGCUGUAUAGUGGAUGACACCGACACUGACACCACCAAUAGCAAAGAAUCAUGGCUUGAGAAACUCCCGCCAUACAUCGGGACAAUGAUUGCAUUCGCCUGUGUCUGCCUGGUAAAAGUGUCACGUCAGCAGACACCUAUGGCGUGUGAUAUGCAAGGCGAGGAUAUCCCCGGUUAUCUCCAUCGACUGGUUCGGAUUCUGCGUUUGUCGCCAGUGAUGAAUCAACCUGUUCAUCCUCUUGUUAGUAUUGCUCGGAGUUUGGAGACUGCGACUGCGACUAUGGCUAUGACUGCUGGACAGGAGUAUAGUCAUGAUCCUUCCACGUGGAAUGGGGCACGAGAUGCGGAUUUAGAUCUUGAUUUCGGAGUUUUCGAUAUGUUUACUAACGAAGCAGGUAAUGCCUGUGCUGACAGUCAUGGUGUUUCUUUUUCGUUGUGA